AUGUAUGAUUUGAAUGGAUACAAGGGCGUGAAGUGCGCUCCGUCCACAAAGGAAUACUACGACCUAUAUGACAACGUUUACCACUGGGUCAACUUCACGUUAAUUUUCGGCUUGCCGUUCCCGCUGCUUCUCAUUGGCAACGUCAUCAUGGUAGCGCAGCUCGCGCGGUCCCGUUCAAGACGUCAGCGGAUGAAUAUUUCCGGUCAGGCGCGCAACACGCAUCCAGUGUUGAUGCUCAUGUUUGACCUAUGCUUGCUGUUCCUCCUCACGACUACACCGUUGUCAGUCGGUCUGGUGUACCUCCCCUACCAAAGGGAGAAGCUCUUUGCGCUCGCGUUAGUUGAUCCUUACACGGCAUCGAACGAUUCAACGUACAUUCGGUUUAUUUUCGAUGUUGCUAUUCUGGUCAGCUUCUUCAACGCCACCUUCAGCUUUGCCAUCUACGUGUUCAGCGGCUUAAAGUUCCGCGCAGAAUUGAGGAGCCUGCUUUGCUGUAGGGCAAAACAAAGCACCAGCCUGUUUGGGAGCUAG